AUGAGCAUCACAUUCGACGUCUUCCGUGGUUCCCCUGAGGGCAGGGUUAUUGCCGACACUGUCACCAAAACCCUCGAGCACAAUGAAGUCUUUAUCGAGACCAUGGCUUCUGGCAUAUGCGGAACGGACGAGCAUUUCUUGAAGAGCAACCAGGUCCUCGGACAUGAGGGCGUUGGCUUCGUGAGAGCUGUUGGUCCUGGCGUGACCUCUGUGAAGAUUGGAGAUCGUGUUGGAUUUGGAUUCACACAUAGUAUCUGCUCUACUUGUGAUAACUGCGUCACAGACUGGGACCAGUGCUGCCGAAACGUCAAACAGUACGGCAUGAACGACUUCGACAACGGGAGCUUUAGCUACGGCGCCGUCUGGGACGCCAACUGCGUCUUCCGUAUCCCAGAUGGACUCGACUUUGUGCACGCUGCUCCGUUGAUGUGUGCCGCUGCUACGGUUUGGACUACCCUGACCAGAUACGGCAUGCGUGCUGCAGACCGCGUGGGCAUCAUGGGCGUCGGUGGUCUGGGUCAUGUAGCUAUCAAGCUAGCUGCUGCGCUGGGAUAUUACGUCAUUGUGCUUUCUACCUCUGAGAUGAAGAGGCAGGAAGCUAUGGAGUUUGGUGCGUCGGAGUACCAUGUAUUUCGUUCGGGUGGAGCACCGCCGGAGGGAUUUCGGCCUAUAAAGCAUCUGUUGCUCUGUGCGAGUGGGGAUGUUGAUUAUUCUUCUCUGUUGACCCUUAUGGAUACGCCCAGUACCAUCUACCCAUUGACCGCUACGUUUGAGCUUUCGAAAAUACCCACGUUGGAGCUAUGCUUCAAAGGGAUUCGUAUUCAGGGCUCCUUGGUCGCCUCGCGGAAUAGUAUCCGUACCCUUCUUGAUUUUGCUACCAAGAAGAACAUUGCUCCUACCGUCAGGACCUUUCCGUUGACCAUUGCCGGGAUCGAGGAGGCUAUGAAUAUUCUGAGGGAGGGCAAGAUGCGGUACAGAGGUGUGCUCGUUCGCAACGAGUAA